AAACAUAAUUCAAUAAAAUUGCUAUAAUAACAAUAUGUUUCAAUACGAUCAUCGCCCCUUUGCUGCUUCUUCAAUUCCAAUUCGUUCACAACCCCUAAUUGUCAUGGCUUGGACUUUGGACUCGUUCUUCUAUUUACACAAAAUGUCAGUUGAAAGCACUUUAGAUGACACUUCUGACCAAUCAUAGAGCACAACAAUAAUUGUUUACAAAUUGUUAACGCGUCCGUGUUAGCCCGUUAGCCCGUGGCAAUGAUUGUCACUUUUGACACGUUACGCCCCCCUUUCUAGUAAAAUUCCAGCUUAUCCUGUUUAGCUGUUUAAUAUAAAUAAAAAAACCUCAAUUCAUGUUCAAGUGAAGUGUCUUUGAUUUGCAUAUCAUUUGUGGACGCCCAACUAUAUCUAGCCAUAUAAAACUGCCAAUAACAUGGCCAACCUGGUUUAGUCGAGUCGGAAUAGCUGCUACGUCCAUGUCACUUGUAUCGCUAUAUAAUGCCUGCCAGGUGUGUGGCGAUCAGAGCUCUGGCAAGCAUUAUGGAGUUUCGUGCUGCGAUGGGUGCUCCUGCUUCUUCAAGCGCAGUGUCCGGAAGGGUAGUCACUAUGCCUGCAUUGCCGUUAAGGGCAACUGUGUGGUGGAUAAAGCACGUCGCAAUUGGUGCCCUUCGUGUCGCUUUCAGCGCUGCCUUGCCGUGGGCAUGAAUAUUGCAGCAGUGCAGGAGGAGCGCGGACCACGUAGUCAGCAGGCGCAAAACAGUCAACGUCUAUUGGUUGUAACGCCGCCAGCUCCGCCAUCGCCACCUGGACCGACGCUGCACUUUCAGAUACUUGCACAGAUUCUGGUCACAUGCUUGCGCCAAGCGAAGCUCAAUGAACAGUUUCGUCUGGUAGCACGUGCCCAACAGGAUGCUAUUCUCCAGGUGGUCUGGAGUGAGUGUUUCAUAUUGCGUGCUUCGCACUGGUCCUUGGAUAUCAGUGCUAUGAUCGAGAGCUGCGGAGAUGUUCAGCUCAAGCUGAUGUUAUCGGAGGCCCAACAGUUGCAAGCCGAUCUCAUGGAGCUGAACUUUCUGGAAACCUUAAUUUUGUGCCGCAAAGAACUGGCUUUAAAUGCUGAUUAUGCUCUGAUCUUAGAGACGUACUCGAAUGGUGCACUUUGUUCCUUGGCCCGCUACACUCUGCAUCGGUCCCAUUGGCUGCGCUUUGGUCAACUUCUGCUUGGAUUACGUCAACUAUCUCUGCAGCGUUACGAUUGUGCCCUCUCCUGCAUGUUUCGCAACGUUGUGCGUGAUAUAUUGAAAACACUUUAAGCCCUAAACGAUAAAUAUAAAUAUUC